UUAGCUUGAUGAUUAAGUUCCUCGCGCUCCACGGAGGGAAGCUGUGUCUGACUCUAACCUCCAUAUACGGAGGGAGCUGAAUGGACGGGCGAUGAAUAGUCCUAGUCCCACUCGUACGGCUUAUCAUCAUCGGAAUUGUAUAUGGACUCUUUACUGGGCUUCCCACAAUCCCCAGCUACUGUCAUCUUGCGCCGCCCGCUAAUCUCCACUUCAAGACCAAACAGUAACAGAAAUGCCGGGUUGAGUUUCAGAGCAAAACCCAACGACGCAAGUGACCCAUUACUCCACGACGCCGUUAAUUCAGCUUCUCUUCGUUUCCGAGAGACCCAUCGACCAGAGCCUCUCUUUGUUGAUCCAUAUGCCGGUUGCUUUGUUGAUCCUAAUGCGCAGAUGGACAUGAAGCAAUGCUCACACCAUUAUUGCAUUGCAACCAAGUACAUUGAUGAUAAGUUGCUUCGUACAGUGAACCAUAUUGAGGGACUUAAGCAGGUUGUUUUGCUAACAGAUGGCAUGGACACCCGGCCGUAUAGGCUUAGUUGGCCAACUUCAACCAUAAUUUUUGAUAUUUCGCCGGACCGGGUAUUCAGUGGAGCAGCUGAAAAGCUUAAAGGUGUUGGGGCUAAAAUACCAAGAAGCUGCUUAUUCCUUCAUGUUCCAUUGGAGUCCUCUGAUUUGCAGCAAACUCUACGUGCUAAAGGCUUCAAUGGUAACCGGCCUAGUAUAUGGGCCAUGCAGGGACUGCCCGUAAUGACAUUGGCAAAUUUUGAGGACAUUUUGCUCACUGUAAGUGGUUUGUCCAUGAAUGGAUGUGGCUUUUUGGGAGAAUUGCCUGCUUGGUUGGCAGAGACUGAAAUAGUGACCAAGACUAGUACAAGGGAAUGGAUGGAGAAAUUAUUCAUGAACAACGGCUUUCGGGUGGACAUGAUUUGCUAUGAAGAAGUUGCAAAGAGUUUAGGCAAGAAAUUAGCAGCAGGACCUUACAAGAAUAUACUAUUUUCCUCAGAACAACUGCGGUUUUCUGAUGAUCAGAUGGAAACUUGGAGAAUGGAAUUUCAAAGAGUUGAGGAACAAGGGGAUGAAGAAGGUUUUGAAGAGCUAUGAUAGAAAUUGGGUAGUGGAGGCUAUAAUAACAUAUUUGCUUCUUUUGGUGGUCUUGUUUUUUUUCUGUUAGCCGCCACAUCGUAAAUUUUUGUAAUAAAAGGUUUUGGAAUUUGGUUGAUCUCACUCUUUUUUCUUUGGUGGUAUAGAAAUACAAAAUAUAAUGUAUA